AUGACAAUGCUGACCAAGUACUCCUUGUCCUCCUUGUGGUCCCUCCUCUUGGUGGCAGGCGUCGUUGCUGCACUUCCACAGCAGAACCACGCCGGCUGUGGCCCCUCGCCGCCCACGGUGUCGACGACCUCAGGCAGGAUCCACGGCAAAAUCGACCCCUCUUUGCCCAACGUCAACCAGUACCUCGGCAUCCCCUAUGCUGUGCCGCCGGUGGGUGACCGUCGCUGGACAGCCCCAGAACUCCUCAGCCAGCCCGACGUCGAUGUGGAGGCUACUUCGCUCCCGCCCAGCUGCAUGCAGUACCUCACCGACCUGGGCGACUCGCUCUAUGUGCGCGAUGUACUGCAGUUCAAUCUGCAAGGUCUCAACACGACAGGCGCCAUCACCGAGGACUGCCUCACCCUCAGCGUGUGGGCGCCCAGCAGCAGCAGCAACCAACCGGUGCCUGUGCUCAUCUUUUUCUAUGGCGGCGGGUUCUCAACGGGUGGACAGGACGUGCCAUACCAGAUUCCGGCGCAGUGGGUGAACAGGACGCCAGACCACAUCGUCGUCAGCUUCAAUUACCGCGUCAACAUCUUUGGCUUCCCCAACGCCGGCGGCCUCGACCAGCAGAACCUCGGGCUGCUGGACCAGCGCGCCGCCGUCGAGUGGUGCAGGGCCAACAUCGCCGCCUUUGGAGGUGAUCCAGAGCGCAUGGUCAUCUGGGGCCAGUCCGCCGGGUCCAUCUCGGUAGACUAUUACAACUUUGCGUACCACUCGGACGCCGUCGUCAAGGGGCUCAUCAUGGACUCGGGCACCGCCCUCAGCCCGAUCGCCACGGAGGACCAGACACACGCCAACUUCUCGUUUGUGGCAGAGCACGUUGGAUGUGCAAACCUGACGGGCGACUACGGCCAGCAGCUGGCGUGCAUGCGAGGUGUCGACGCUGCCACCCUCGAGGACUUUGUUGCGGCCUAUGACGAGAGCGGAGCGUCGCCGUCCAUCUCAUUUGUGCCUGUGGUCGACGACAAGAUCGUCUUUGCUAAUUAUACAGAGCGUGCUGAGGCGGGUUUACAGGCCCAGAUCCCCGCCAUAAUCGGCACCAACGCCCAAGACGGCGUCGCCUUCGCACCCUACAACCCAGCCGGCCCCAACCGCACCGUCGCCCUCGAGGAGAAGCUCGCCAUCUUCUUCUGCCCGGCCACCGAGUCCAUUCGGCUGCGCCAGCAGACCCCGGAUCUGACCCCGACCUUCCGCUACGUCUACUUUGGCAACUGGACCAACAUCUCCCCGCGGCCCUGGAUGGGCGCCUACCACUCCUCCGAGCUGCCCAUGCUCAUGGGCACGCACCCAGACUUCCGCGGGCCGAGCACGCCGCAGGAGUAUGCGACCAGCGAGGCGUUCCAGGACGCCUAUGUGGCCUUUGCGCGGGAGGGGGUUGCUGGGCUGGAGGCGCAGGCGUGGAACGAGUAUGCGGCGCUGGGACAGGGACAAACUUCUAUGCACUCUGUCUCCGCGGCAGCAGGUUCUGCUGGUAGUGCAUGA